AUGCAUGAACCAAUCACCGCUUUGUUCUCUUCUCAAUCUACUGAAGCUGAGAGACUGAUCCAUGAAGAAGAACCAAAUGAUGAUGAAAUCACGAAUCGUUUUCGAAGUUUGGUAGAAAGCAUUGAGCAGAAACAAGUCAAAAGGUUGGCAGUUCAUUCAAAAAAUUUUGAAUAUGAGAUUCGAAAGCUUUGUGACGUAGCAAAGGAGAAUCAUGACAUUUUUGUUAAACAAGUGACACAAAUGAAGGAGUCUGUGGAUCUUAAAGUGGCUGAAAUUAAAUCGGAUAUGUCCAAAGAGGUUGAAAAGAUAGAGAAAAAUUACACUUUGUUGCAUAGCAAAGUUGAUGUCGUUGCGACUGCUAUCACAAAGUUGUUUGAUUUCAACACUGAGUAUUCGAACAAGCUUGAAGUAAUGUUGGAAAAGUAUUCUCAGAUUUCCCACUGA